AGAGUUGCUCUCUUUACACGCUUUGGUCUUAUAUAUAUUCACUCGCAAGUCACAACCAAGUGUUUCGUUCUUACACUUUUUUUUUUUAUAAACCUCUCUCUCUCUCUCUCUCCCCCUAAAACACCAAAAACCCACCGAACUUGGCCAAAAAAACAGAUUGAAGUGAGAGAUGGAGAAUGUUGGGAUAAGAGUGGAAGGAGCUUCAGGUUCUGGUUCUUUCUUCACACCCCUUUUGAUUUCCAUGGCAGGCAUUGUCUUCACAACCCUAGCAAUAGUUGCGUACCAUUUCCUAGUUAAGUAUUGCCUACGGAGGAGGCAACGGCAGAUGCAACUGCAAAUCCAAGCCAGCCUCGCGCAACAAUCAGGCACCAAUCAAUCCAAUGGGGUUGAUGAGAAAGUCCUGAAUUCCAUCCCAAUUCUCUCGUACUCGAAGAACGAUGGUGAACUUUUUCGCGUGGAUCAAAGCGAGUGCGUGAUUUGCUUGGGAGACUUAGAAGACGGGGAUUUGGUGCGUUUGUUGCCGAGUUGCAAGCACGUGUUUCAUAAUCCAUGCAUAGAAAAGUGGUUUCGGGGGCAUACAAACUGUCCGGUUUGUAGGUCAGCCAUAGAUGUGCCUAUUGCUUCUGUGGCAUCAACGUUGCCUGUGGAAUAUGAUCUUGUUGGUCAAGUUAGAGACCGAGAACUCGAAGAAGCCGGCCCAGUAUAUCAACCCAAUUGCUCAUCGCAGCCUCAUGAUCCAGAGGAGGGUUUGGCAAUUACAGCUGCUAGUACUACUAUAUCAACCCAAUUGUCAAAACCAAAUGGUUUGCUUAGGCAUUGUGUGUCACUGGUGGUAUUGCCUAUGGAGGAUAGUAGUAAGCAGCAGAUUUUGUUGAAGGGGUUGGAGAGGUCUUUGUCUUUGGAUCAUUCCCACGUUCUUAUCAAUAUAUACACAGAGAGUGAUGACAAGCCCUCUUCAUCAUCUUCUACUUCUUCUGAUUGUGCUUCUUCGAAGCCGGUUCUUACGCAGUGUAGAUCGUUGAAGGCGCGGUCGAUGAGGAAGCUUGAUCGAAUGUCUUCAGUUUUAGUAAAAUCUAUUUCUCAACUGCGGAUGAGCCAGAGUUUCAGCACGGCCAAUGGCCAUGGAAAUCUUCCUUGUUAGAAUUAUUUCUAUUUGUUUUAUAUUUUCAGUGAAGGCGAGGGUCAUCUCUUACCGUUAUAAACUCCCCAUGUGGUUAUUUUUUCAUUACUAGGAAUUUUUUUCACUGACAAUAUUGUUAUCCUUUGGGAAAAAUAAUUAGAUUCUUUUUUUCCUUACACAAACCAUUUUCCGUAAAUCUUUUUAUUUUUUAUUUUUUAUAUAAUGAUAUUCUGUUCUUGGUGGAUGAUUAGACUAAGACACCCAUUAACGGGCAGUCAUCAUAGUUGUGUAUCAAAUUCUUUAUAUAGUUGAGUCAAACAUGAAAUCUUUCAUUUACAGAUGAAAAAGAUAAUUAUUAGACGUUAUUACUAGUAACUUUAUUUGUACCACUUUAACGGCAUAUUUAUGUGACAUGACAGUUAGUGUGUAAUUAUUAUGGUAAUUAUAAGAUUGGCCAUUAUUAAACUAUAUUUGACACAUCCUAUGGGAAGAAACUAUGAUCCCUUUAAGGCUAUUACAUAGAAAGAACUAGUCUAAUUU